AUGUCCAGGAUCGGCUGCAAAGGCAAGUACACGGGCAAUGCUGAAAGGGAUUUGCUCCGAGCGCUACAACUUCCAAUCGCUUUGUACUAUGUGGAAAUCCCGAUUGUAGAGCCCAGUGAUCGAAAGACAGAGCGAACCAUGCAGCUGCCGAUCAUUCUGCCACACUUGACUGUAGAAUACCUUCUGCAGAGUCGGAAGGUGGAGGUUUGUCAAUCUGAGAUUCAGAAAUACUGGAGCCACUUGCGGGAUGCUAAAGUGCCGUGGGCAUUGCAGCAUCCAGGUGCCUUUUCUUGUGCACCGCUGGGGGUCUACGGAGACGAGGGACAGAUCAGCAAGGCCGGCGAAAAGGUCAUGGUGGUUACUUUCAAUUUUGUCCUGGACAACAGGGCUGGUGAUGGUGUGAUCCACCGUUUCCCGAUUGCCACUUUACGUGAAUGGUGUUCACUUGGUAUGCGGUCAUUGCAUCCUUUGACUCAAGUGAUGGCUUGGUCGUUCAACGUGGCCCGGCUGGUAUUUCAUACCGUCAUGAGCACCACAUGCUAG